CUGUAUAUUCUCUGUAUUUUACUCAUUCCUGUGGGCACCAAAAAAAAUUUCUCAAAGGAUUCAUCCAGGAGCACCACGUGCCUCUGGAUUCUUCCUUCCUACCCAACCCCCGACCCGACCCCAUAACUUCUCCAUCUUGCGUGAAAUCUCCCUCUCCCAUCUCUUAUAAAGAGCCUAAUCGCAUUCCCAUUUCGCUCAUCUGUCUGCCCCUUUGAGUGUAUUCAUCUCCAAGUGAUCCUUCUCUCGAAGAAAUGGCUGCUGCGGACACCAUCUCCAAGCUCAAAUCUGACGUCGCCACUCUCAAUCAGAUCAGUGAAAACGAGAAAUCUGGAUUCAUCAACCUCGUCAGUCGAUAUCUCAGUGGCGAAGCUCAACAGAUCGAAUGGAGUAAGAUCCAGACACCAACUGAUGAGGUUGUGGUGCCUUACGACGCCCUCGCCCCUGUGCCGGAAGAUCCGGCAGAGACUAAGAAGCUUCUCGAAAAACUUGUGGUGUUAAAACUCAAUGGAGGCUUGGGAACUACAAUGGGUUGCACCGGUCCAAAGUCUGUUAUUGAAGUCCGUAAUGGAUUGACAUUUCUCGACUUGAUUGUUAUCCAAAUUGAGACACUCAAUUCGAAAUACGGCUGCAAUGUGCCCCUCCUUUUGAUGAACUCAUUUAACACUCACGACGACACAUUGAAGAUUGUUGAAAAGUAUAGCAACUCGAGUGUUAAGAUCCAUACGUUCAACCAGAGCCAAUAUCCUCGCCUGGUUGCCGAAGAUAUGACUCCACUUCCUUGCAAAGGAAAUACCGGCAAGGAUGCAUGGUAUCCUCCGGGUCACGGAGAUGUCUUUCCUUCUUUGAAGAAUAGCGGGAAGCUCGAUGAAUUGAUAUCUCAGGGCAAAGAAUACCUCUUUGCUGCCAAUUCAGAUAAUUUGGGUGCCAUUGUCGAUUUGAAAAUUCUGAAUCAUCUGAUAAACAACAAGAACGAAUACUGCAUGGAGGUCACCCCCAAGACACUGGCUGACGUCAAAGGUGGUACCCUGAUCUCUUACGAAGGGAAAGUGCAGCUCCUGGAAAUAGCACAAGUUCCUGAUCAACAUGUGAACGAAUUUAAAUCGAUUGAGAAAUUCAAAAUUUUCAACACCAACAACUUGUGGUUAAACUUGAAGGCCGUUGAUCGACUUGUUCAAGCCAAUGCUCUGAAAAUGGAGAUCAUUCCGAACCCAAAGGAAGUUGGGGGCGUCAAAGUUCUUCAGCUCGAGACUGCGGCUGGUGCGGCAAUCAGGUUCUUCGAUCAUGCCAUCGGAGUCAAUGUUCCCCGGUCCCGUUUCCUCCCAGUAAAGGCCUCUUCAGAUCUGCUCCUAGUCCAAUCUGAUCUCUACACUUUGUCCGAUGGCUUUGUGACGCGUAACCCCGCGAGGAGCAAUCCGGAGAAUCCUUCGAUCGAGUUGGGACCUGAAUUCAAGAAGGUCGCCGACUUCUUGAGCCGGUUCAAGUCCAUCCCGAGCAUCAUUGAAUUAGAUAGCUUGAAGGUGUCAGGCGAUGUUUGGUUCGGAUCCGGUGUUACUCUGAAGGGUAAAGUGACGAUUGCUGCCAAAUCGGGUACUAAGUUAGAAAUUCCCGACAAAGCUGUGAUAGCCAACAAGGAUAUCAAUGGUCCCGAAGAUAUUUAAAUGAGCAGCAAAGGGUACAUUGCUUCGCGCCGAGGAAGGAUAUUUUCGCAUAAACUUUUAGCUCUUUUUGGUUGGUUUUCGAUCGAAAAUAAGUCGGGUUUUGAACUAUCUUGUCUUGUCUUGUCUGCAAGUUUGUUGUCUAUUCGAAAAGCAGACAUAUUAUUACAUGUAUACAUACAUACAUCGUUGGCUGUAAGAAGUCCUAUUUGAAAUCUGUCGAGAGUUCGAAAAUUUUAAUUUCUUCAACAUAUAUAUCAAUUAUAGCUCUCGCCUGUUUUGUUCA